UUUCAACUUAACCUAUGUUCCAACUUGAAGUACUUAAAUUAAGUCUACCAUUCAUUAACAUAGAUGAACAUGAGCUCAUCGGUGCAUGUUUGGGCUGACUGUGGGUUAGGCCAUCAGGAUUUGGGUUGAUCACGUUGAAUCACAGUAUCUUCAAAGACAAGGAAUCUUGAUUUUCAUACAAACAAAAAAUUGAUUUCUAUUGCUAUUUCUAAUCAGUUAUUCACUGAAAAUACAAUGAAUUUCAUUCAAUUUGCGAGGAGGUAGUUGAUUUUGGGGAAACAAAUUGAAAAAUGAAACCCUAACCCUAAUUUCCUUCGGAGCCACAUUCAUUACCGCCUGUCACGGCGGGUGCGGCCAUGGCCCAAACCCGAAUCCCUCUUCCCAUACCAUGGUCAUGGCCGCCGCCCACUGCCGAUCGGCCACGGCAGCGGUCUGAUUCCCGUUGCUACGAAACGCUUUGUUCAUCGUUUCGUUCACUCCUCAGUCGCGCCUUUAUCGGCCUCAUCAAUUACAGUGUGACGAAUCCACCUUACCUAACUUUCAAAUGAAGAAGGGAAAGUUAGAGCCUAAGCCCGAGCCUAUCUAUAUAUACAUAUUUGAAUGAAGGGGACGAGAAUCUUGGAGGUUUGAAGAUGGGGUUCCAAUGGCUAUCUACAGAAACGACUGUAGUAUGUUAAACCAUGUUUAUUAGAUGAAAGAGAGGAAUGUUGAUCAAAGCAAUGGCAGUGGCCUUCAUUUUGGCACAUUCUAGCUGGAAGUAAGGCAUAUGUGAAUCUCAAGUUUACUCUUUAUAUUGGACAGCAACUGAGCUUUAAGAGAUGAAUUUCAAGCUGGUUAAUCCAUGGUCCAGGAAGACAAUUCUUGAUCCAGAGGGAUCAUUUCUUCAGACAUGGAAUAAAAUAUUUCUAGUCUCUUGUGUGCUUGCAAUUUCCCUCGAUGCAUUUUUCUUUUAUGCCCCUGUUAUUAAUCGUCAUAGUACAUGCCUAGAUUUGGAUGACCGAUUGCAGAUUGUUGCUUGUGUUCUUCGUACACUCAUCGAUGUCUUCUACAUCCUUCAUAUUAUCUUUCAGUUCCGCACUGGUUUUGUUGCCCCUUCUUCUCGAGUAUUUGGAGAUGGUGUAUUAAUUGAUGAUUCUUCAGUUAUAGCGAAAAGAUACUUGCCCUACUUCGUCAUCGACAUUCUAUCAAUUUUACCCCUCCCACAGGUAGCAGUUUUUAUUGUCAACCCACAAUUGAAAAGUCCAGUUUCAUUCAUUAGGAAGGACUUCUUGAAGUUUGUUAUUCUCUCCCAAUUAGUGCCAAGACUUGUGCGGAUCUACCCACUAUAUAAAGAAGUAACUACAACUUCUGGCAUACUUAUUGAAACGGCAUGGGCUGGUGCUGCUAUCAAUCUCUUCUUCUAUAUGCUAGCCAGUCAUGUGGUUGGAGCCUUUUGGUACUUGCUGUCUAUAGAGAGGCAAGAUCAGUGUUGGCGUAAUUGGUGUGGGGCACAUAAUGUGAGUUGUUCAUAUUUAUAUUGUGGAGGAGACCGAAUACACAAUGACCUUGCUGAGCGAUAUGCAUUACUAAAUGCUUCUUGCCCUCUUAGUGAACCAGAUGGAAUUGAAAAUUCCACAGUUUUUAACUUUGGAAUAUUCAUUAAGGCUCUUCAGUCUCGGGUUGUGGAAACAAGAGAUUUUCCAUAUAAGUUUUCUUAUUGCUUUUGGUGGGGUCUGCGAAAUAUUAGUUCUCUGGGUUCAAACCUUGAUACAAGCCCUUUCAUUGGAGAGGUUCUGUUUGCUGUCUUUAUUUCCAUAUUUGGAUUGAUAUUAUUUUCAUUACUUGUUGGCAAUAUGCAGAAAUAUCUGCAAAAUCUGCAAUCCAUAGCUGCUAGAAUUGAAGAGGAAAGAGAGAAAAGGAAAAACACUGAGCUGUGGAUGUCCCACCGCAUCCUUCCUGAGCACCUGAGGAUUCGGAUUAGGCAGUAUAGACAGUACAAAUGGAAAAAAACCAAGGGUGUUGACGAAAAUGGGCUUAUCAAUGACCUUCCGAAGGACCUCCGAAGAGACAUAAAGCGGCAUCUCCGUUUGGCUCUACUUAUGAGAAUGCCAGUGUUUGAAAGAUUUGAUGAGCUACUGUUGGAUGCAAUUUGUGAUCGCCUCAAGCCAGUUCUUUAUACAGAAGGUAGCUACAUUGUCCGUGAGGGGGAUCCAAUUGAUGAAAUGCUCUUUAUCGUGCGAGGCAAACUAAGAAGCAUAAGCACAGAUGGUGGAAGAACUGGCUUCCUCAACUUAAUUUAUCUUGAGGCUGGUGAUUUCUAUGGAGAAGAGCUUCUUCCAUGGGCCUUGGAGUCCCAGUCCUCUCCAUUUCACCCCAUCUCAACCAGAACCAUAAGUGCCGUAACAGAGGUUGAAGCCUCUGCUCUAACGGCUCAUGACUUGAAGUCUCUGAUCUCCUAUCACUUCUCGCAUCCUCUUCCCAGAAAGCAGCUUGUGCAGAGUCUCAGGUUGUGGUCACAGAAGUGGAGGACAUGGGCUGCCUGUUUUAUACAAGUAGCUUGGUGGCGUUACCAGAAGAGGAAGCAAAAUAAGGCCUUACAGGAGGCAGAAGACAGGUUGCGAGAUGCUUUGUCGAAAGCAGUAGGCACCUCUACAACCUUGGGCGCCACUAAUUAUGCAUCGAGGUUUGCUGCCAAUAUGUUACGAAUCUUGAGGCGCAAUGGUGGUAGCAGAGCCAGAUUGCCACAAAGAUCAUGGUUCGCGCUGCCUCCUAAGCCACGUGAUCCCCAGCUUACCAUCUGAAGCUUGUGAGUUCUAAUCUUAACUAUUUUACUUACCAAAGGAGAUGCUCAUAAUCAUGUAAUUUAGCAAAAGUAGUGCUAAUUGUGAUAGAUGGGUUUGCCGUAUGCGAUAUACAAGUAUGAUAUAAAUGCUCUUAAUUUUUUUAAGAAA